AUGAAACCAGGGGAGUUUGUUUGGACUAAAGCUGCUGCUAAGGCUUUCAAUGAGGUAAAGCAAAAGAUGACUGAGGCACCUGUCAUGCGUCUCCCUGAUUUUACCAAGCCUUUUAAGAUGGAAUGUGAUGCCUCAGCUUUGCGCUAUCUCCAUUCCCAAAAGAAGCUGAAUUUUAGGCACGGUAGUUGGGUUGAACUUUUGCAGCGCUACCACUUUGUAAUGAAGCAUAGGGCGAGAAUUGAGAAUAAGGCUGCUGAUGCACUAAGUCGAAGGGUUUCUUUGCUAUCCAUCAUGAGUGUUAAGGUUACUAGGUUUGAACAACUCAAGGAUGAUUAUAAGUCAUGCCCAGAUUUUGGAGACCUCUACACUAGCCUAAGUAAUGCCCCACGGCCAAUCCUGGAUGAUUAUAGCCUUCAAGAUGGUUACUUGUUCAAGGCCAACAAGUUAUGUAUCCCUCGGUCUUCAGUGAGAGAUUUCCUAGUUUGGGAGAUACAUGCGGGAGGCCUAGCAGGUCAUUUUGGUCGAGACAAGACAAUUGAGGAAGUGGAACGUCAAUUCUAUUAG